UAUCAUGUCGAGCGCACCAUUAGAAAUGUAUUUACUGAGUGAAAUGGUGAACUCAUUUCCCCCCUGUAUGUGUGUGUUAGAGAGAGAGGUCUUGACAAGCAGGGUUUCCUCUCGUGUGCGUCAGAACUACCACAAACCAUUUCACAGGAACUGGCUGUUCUGAAGGGUCACAUCAGACUGAUGAGUUUUUUCACUGAAGAUGAAGCAGGAACCUGAGAAACUGACAAGGAUGAUCAGAAAGUACUGAGCCAGAAGAAUGGAGAUCAAUUCUCUGAUGGUUCUGCUCUGUUUUCUGGCAGGGGUUUCAGACGUGGACGCGUAUCAUCUGAGACGAACAGGGAAGGAGGGGGAAGAUAUCACAAUUACAUGUUCUCACUCCUAUGCUUACAGCAACACAAAGUAUUUCUGCAGAGGAGCAUGUGAAUACAAAGAUGUCCUCAUAACCAGCAAAGGUCCAAACACAGCCAAGUAUCACAUAACUGACAGAGGGGAUGAUUUUGAUGUGACCAUUUAUAACCUGGUGGUGAACGACUCAGGAACAUACUGGUGUGGAGUAGAGAGACUUCUUAAGGACACAUAUAAUAAAGUUCACCUCACCGUUGUUGAAAAGCCAAGGAAGGAGAAGAAAGAACCAGAUGAGAAGAAGAAUAGCAGUGCAACCAUGAAGAAUGAAACUGUUGCGACGAGGAAUGAGACUGUAAAUGAGAACAGUGAAACUGUUGAGGUGAAGAACAAAACUGAGGAGGAGAGGAACGUUACUGACACAACAGUUGAAAUAACAAAACCACCUCCAUCCUCAGUAACUGAGCAGCAUGUUGGAGCAGGACUUGGGAUUUGCUUUGGGGUUCUGGUGUUGGUCCUUUUCUUCUGCCUCCAACGAAGGAGAUACUUUGGAGGAACACCUGAUGAAAAACCAGACCGUCGCUCCACCGACUCUCCAGAUCCAGCAGCUGUCAUUUACUCUGACGUCACUGUGAACAGAGCCUUCCAGGUUCCUGCAGACGCCGCGCUCUACUGCAACAUGCCCUCCAGCCAACCCAGGAGCAUGGAAGGGCCUCCAUCUGAGGAGGUCACCUAUUCUGCCAUCAGAGGAGCUCAUGCUGAUCCAGUCUGACUUCCCUUCUCUGUUGCUCACUGUAGCGCUGCAUUCACAUCUGACUCCAUGCUGUUUAGUGACAUGUCGCCAAGUGGUUUCUCAUUCUUUAGUCAGAGAUCUGUCUCAGCUGACACUAGCCGAUGUCCCUGACUUUGCGACACUGAACAUGGAUAUUUUUGUAUGUAUUAUCAGGGUAGAACAAACCUGCAGUGCAAAGAUUUAGAUGAGUAAUGUGAUGAGUAAAGUUUUGUUUGUAAUAUUUGUCCAUAUAGCUUUUUUUUUCUUAUCUUUUUUAGUAAAUAUUUUUAACAAGCAAUGGUCCAUGAAAAUAUUCUUGAAUAUCCAUGAAACAUAUCAGAAGCAAUGAACGUCCCACCUGCUGAACUUUUUUUCUUGGCCAUCGUGAUGCUGUUGUAGUAACUCUAGCUGGUCGCAAGGUGGCAGUAUAUUGCAA